GGUUAGAAAAAUCUUUAAAACAAAAAAUAUUUAAGAAAAUGUUGUAUAAAAUUAUAUAAAAUAUUAUAAAAUAAAAUAUUCAAAUAUUAAACAAACAUGUUUCGACAGCUAUUUAGGGCCUUAGAGCCUCUCAAAAACAGUCUCACCCGCACGGUAGGAGGUGCUGGCAGUGCUUUCGAACGUAACUGUGUGUCGAAGGAGCAGCAGCUGACUGAAGCUUUGAAGAAAGCUAUACCGGGGAUCACUUAUGUGAGCGUUGAAGACAUAUCUGGUGGCUGUGGAGCUAUGUUUGAGAUUAGCAUUGAAGCCAAAGAGUUUGUUGGCUUGUCCAGGGUGAAGCAGCAUAGACUUGUUACAGAAUCCCUAAAAAGUGAAAUAGCUGAAAUGCAUGGUAUUAGAAUACACACAAAUCCGUCUAAAGUUGACAAUUAAUACUGUGUCUUUUGUUAAGGUCCAUUCUAUAGUUACAUGAUUGUAAGUAACUAUAUACAUUACUCUAUCAUUUUUGGACAUUAAAAAUGCUAGGGUGAUGUUAUUAUCUUUCAUUAAGUACACAGAGUCUUGUGGAUCAAGUGUGCACAUUUAAACUUUGAUACUUUAAAAAACUUAAAUAUUAUUAGUACAAUGAAACAAAACUACGUCAAUUUGUAAGCCUGUUUAUUUGUGAGCAACUUAAACACAACAAUUGUAUUUUUCAGUAGCUUAUAUUGAAACUUUAGAAAACAAUAACCCUUACAUUUGCGCACUUUUGCCCCAGUAUCGGGGUAUGUGUACGCAGCACUUUGGGUAAGUGUACGCAACAACAAAAUAUUUAAAUAUUUUAGAACAUAAAGAAUAUUCUUUUAUAAUUUUUAUUUGUAACAACUCAUAGUUACUUAAAGUAAGGAACAAAAUCGUCAAAUCAAAAUAUUAUGAUAAAUAUUU